CUGAUGGUUGCAAGCGCAGAGGGCCCCCAAAGGUUGAAACACUUGAGACAAAGACGGCGAAUGCGUGUACAUGUAUGUGUGCCGUGUUGCUAUCAAAAGAACCGAGCAUGAAUGGACAAGCCAGCCGCACAGUGGAUGGAGUACAGUAUACACAUGUAAUCAUCAUCAUCAUCAUCAUGUGUACAUGGAAUCGUGCAGCGCAGUGCAGCAGCCCAAGAGUCGGCUCCGCCAAUUCUGAUAUCAGCACCAGCCAGCUUGACCCACGUUAUAUCCUCUUGUGUACAUUAGCUGCCACCUACGCGAAGCAAAGAGACGCUGUGGGUGCCCCAGCACGCCCUCUGUAUGGCCCAAACCCAAUUCCACCAUUACCACCACUACUGGACAGCCCACGGCCUGCUGCUUCCUGUCUUCCAUUGUUGCUUGCUUGCUCGCUCGCUCGCUCCUUUCGUCUUGUCUCUGCUGCGUGCUGCUCUCUCUAUUUCCUGCCAGCCAUGACAAAAAAAGAAGGCUAUCCAUCUAUAGGCUGGUCGCUGUUUCCGUGUAGACAAAUCCCUCGUUGCCUGUGCAGCAAUCCCCAUCAAUCAAUCCAUCCUUGUGUCGAGGGAACAAAAAAAAAACAAAAAACAAAACCACAACCCCUCCCUCGACAUAAACUAUUCUUCCAUCACCCAUCGUCGAGUCUUGCUCGUAUCGUAUCGUGUCGUGUCUGCUCGUACUGCUGCUGCUGCUGCUGCUGCCGUCCUUCCAUCCAUCGUCCAAUCUGCCGCCCGUUGGAUUUACCCAGCAAAAUUGCGAAACGUCCCCACUGCAACGACGGCCGCCAUCAAUGACCCUGGCCCGCCCUCGACGUACGUGCUGCUAGGCUGGUUUAAGCCCGCUGGGGGCAUUCGUUACAUUACUUUCUCGGAAGGUCAUGCAUCAUGAGGAGUCGCCAACCCAAGACUCCACCACAGCAUCCUCGCCCGUCUACCACCUCCACCACCACCCACUCUCCUUCACACCUUCACUCUCCCACCCGACCCCUUCUGCACCCUCCUUCGGCGAGGCCAUUCGGACGCCCCUCGACGUAUCCCGCUCGAGACACGCCCACCUGUCCCUCUCGCCGUCGUAUUCACCCCCCAUCCCGUCCGAGCUGCUGCCAUCCUCCUCCCCGGCCAGCCACACCUGCUCCCCGUGCGCUUCGCUGAAUUUGACCCACGACGACACCAGCGCCCGCUCGCCGCGCGAGAGGCUGGAUGAUUUGCUCCUCGAUCUUGCCCAUCACCAUCCUUCUGCCUCGACUGCCUCGCCCUUUCCCUCGCCCACUAAUCCCUUGCAACUGCUAGCCUUGCACCCAAAUUCUCCGCUAUCCUCCACCACUCUACCUCCACGAGCCACCACCGCUCACUUGCCAGGCACCCCCUCGCAUGUCCGAGCACGCAACGCUUCUGCUCCCAUCAUUUCUACCGCCACCAUCCUACCCUCACCAGCGAUUGCGGCCACCAUGCCUCCUCCAUCGCGCCCAAGCCGUCCAGAGACGCGCCCUACCCCUCCGCGCAACCCUUCGAUAGAUUCUGCCGCAUCUUCUCUCUCCUCCAGCACUUCGCAGCCCCUCCGCGCCAAUGCCAGCCUUCCCCAUCGAUCCUUGACGGAUCCAAGUGGUGCUCAAUCACCGGAUAUGGCAGCCCUCAUAGCAGCUGCCGGAGGCUCGCCUGAAGCAGCCUUCAUGAACUUAUUCAAGGAGAAGCAGAGCGCGACAAACCACAAUACCCAAUUAUGGCGCCUCGUCGAGAAACAGCGCGCCAUGAUUAUAGGCCUGCAACGGGAUCUCGAGCGCGCUCUCAAGGAUAAAGACCGCUACCGGAAGAAGCUCAAAGAGUAUACCGGCCAAGUACCACCUGUACCUGGUGCACCAAAACGAUCUGACACCUUUGAUUCUGUCGUGGAACGUGACAACAGCCAGUCACCCGCUCCCAGCGAUGUACAGGAAGAUUCCACCAAGCCUCUCGCAGUAUCGUCUGCGAGAUCCGCCGAACAUAAAACAUCCCCGCUCGCACAAGGCACUUCCGCGGCUCAAUUGCUGACAGAAGCUCCUGUGGCACACUCUCCUACCUCCGACACCCAUACGCUGUCGAAUCCAUCCUCGAGCUUGAACUCCCCUGCCGACCUUUCUGUCAAGCCUUUGAACCUUCAGAGCAAAGGAGGGCUUGGCUUGACUGCUGCAGCAAACGAUGACCCUUCUUCCACCGAUGCCUCCAAGCUUCCCGAAUCUCCAAAGGCAGUGGAACCUCGGCCUUCUACGCCCCCCGAAACCUCGCGACCCGCUGCAGAGUUACUCAAAGCCCCAGCCUUGUCACUGACACAAGCGACGCCCGUGCUUGGCGGGGAUGGGUUUGAGUCUCCCCCUCAAAAACCCGCGCAACCAUCGCGCAAAGCUCCGCCGGCCCCGUUAAAUUUGGUUAAACCAGGAAAGCCGAGCGCGCAUUUGCACCAGGCAGAGGCUGGCGAGGAAGAUGAUUCCGACUAUGACGAUGUUCUAGAAGUGGACGAAAUCCCCAUCAUCGAUCGAGGCAGGAGAAAAACACGAGAGGAUGACGAUCGUGUCCGCGAAGCCAUGGCUAUGAAAGAAGAGACUGCUCGAAGCAAGUCAAAGAAGAAGAAGAGUGGGAGCAAGCCUACAUCUGCAACCACUUCCGAAGCGGACGCGCAGAGUGCCACCCACCUGUCCCCCCAAUUAAGCCCCCAUCAAACUGGCCUAUCACUCUCACCUCGUCACCCACCUGCAAAUUCCCUCAAUGCUCUUUUGAGCCCAACCAACUCGGACAGCUCUACAAUGGCCCAACGAAGUCUAGGGUCUCCCCCACCGUUGAUGAGUCCUGGGUUGCCCAACAGCCCUCGACCAGGGGACAGGCCGAUUGGAUCACCUUUGCCGAGACACCCGAAACAGUCGCUAGCAUCACCCCCCAUGUCACCAAGAUCCGAUGUGAACGGUGUCAGCUCCCAAGCAUCUCGGCCGCCGCGACAGCCAGUUCCACUUCCACCAAACACGCCUCAGUCGUAUACAUCACCUCAUACCAACCGUCCAGAGGCUCCUUCCCAGCAGAAGCAGCAGCAGCAGCCACAGCCAUCGACGUCUGACCUGCUGAAGCCAUCCAAUGCUCAAUUGAACUUGGAGGCGGAUAAUGCUGCUCUCAAUGGUGAGGUGGAGCAUGUCUACAGAGGCUUGGUAUCGGACCAGUAUCCUGGCUUGCUGCUUCCUCCCAACGCCUUACCUUCCAUCGAAGCCAAAGUCUCAUCCUCUCGACUACGACCUUCACGUCUGAGUUUCCUAGCUCCCAAGCCUCAAGAAGAAGAUCCCGUUUUCCAUCUCGCUAUAUAUGCACGCUCAGACAGAAAACAACUAUGGCGAAUGGAGAAGACUAUCAUGGCGCUGCCUGCUUUGGACCAGCAGCUCAAAUCCUUAUGCAACUUCCAAGGCAAACUUCCCGACCGCGCUCUGUUCAGUGGGCACGCUCCUGCCAAGAUUGAUGCUCGGAGGGUUGCUUUGAACAAUUAUUUUGAUACCAUUCUUGAAACUCCUAUGGACGAGAAGGCCGCCCUGGUGGUGUGUGAAUUUUUCUCGACAGAUGUCAUUGGUGCUCAGAAUGGAGACACGUUGGCCCCAGAACCCGCGGCUCCACAGGUUGCCCCAGCACCCAAGAGCAAACAACAAAAGGAGGGCUACUUGACGAAGCGCGGCAAGAACUUUGGCGGCUGGAAAGCACGCUACUUCAUACUAGAAGGCUCCGAGUUCAGGUACUACGAAAUGGCUGGUGGUGCGCACUUGGGAACAAUCAAACUGCAGAACGCUCAAAUCGGCAAACAAUCCCAGCAACAAUCAAAUCAGUCCCCGCAGCGUCGUGACGAAUCCGAGGACAAUCAGUAUCGACACGCUUUUCUCAUCUUGGAGCCGAAGCGUAAGGACUCUGCGAGCCUUGUUCGGCACGUGCUCUGCGCAGAAAGCGACGAGGAGCGCGAUGCGUGGGUCGAUGCGCUGCUACAACACGUGGAUUAUCACGAAGAAACCUCUCCCACAGAAGCUCAUUCGUCGGCCGCUGGUCGGCCGGCUGUCCUAACCAAAUCCCAAGGCAAAGAACCCGCUCGACCAAGAAAACGGGAGAGUCCCGACACUGAGAAGCAAAGCAGACUGCAAGGCCUUAGCUAUGAUGAUACGGUUGCUGCUGAAGCACCAAUCCGAGGGCCAACCCACCGGGAAGCUAAAGAGGCACAUCUCCAUUCCCCUAAACACAGCUCCAUAUCCAGUGACAGCUCUCGGCAACAUCCUUCGAUUUCAGGGCCUAGUAACGGUGCCCCUAUACAAGAUGCCGGAAGCUGGGGCAACAGGUCACUAGCGGCCCCUCCUACAUCGGUCAAGGACAAGAAACGAAGCAUUUUUGGUUUCGGAUCCCGAGGACGAGCGCCGGAAACUGCACCUGAACAGAUAUAUCUUCAACAGCAUCACGGCUCUGAAAGAACGAUUCAGCAGAAUCGUAACGUCUUUGGCAUUCCACUGGCCGAAGCCGUCGAGUAUACUCAACCCAUUGGCCUCAAGGAUCCGUUACCUGCUGUUGUCUUUCGCUGUCUGGAAUACUUGAGAGCGAAGAACGCCAUCAACGAAGAAGGAAUAUUCCGACUGAGUGGAUCCAAUAUAGUCAUCAGGGCGCUCCGUGAGCGUUUCAACACUGAAGGCGAUGUCAAACUGUUGGACGGGCAAUACUACGAUAUACAUGCCGUUGCCUCGCUUCUGAAGCUCUAUCUCAGAGAACUUCCAUCUUCGAUCCUGACGAGGGAGCUGCAUCUAGAUUUUCUCAAGGUUCUCGACAUGGAUGAGCGAUCGAAGAAAAUUCAAACGUUCAGUGUGCUUGUGCACAGGCUUCCCAGGACCAAUUUCGAACUUAUUCGUCAUAUGUCCGCCUUUUUGAUCGAGAUUGUUGAGAACGCGGGCAUGAAUAAGAUGACUGUGAGGAACGUCGGGAUCGUUUUUGCUCCGACUUUGAAUAUCCCAGCACCGUUGAUCUCAUUCUUCUUGACUGAUUUCCCGGACAUUUUUGGCACACCUGUAGACGAAGCCACUUCGCCUAUCAACGAAAUCCGUACAGCAACACCUCAACUCGGCGACGAAGUCAGAUCGCCUCGACGCCAAAUGUUCUCUGACAUUCCUACACCCGCCUACAACGAGACCACCUUUCAGCAACCAGCUCAUGCGCAAUAUGACCGGCCUCCUUCCAGCUUUCCCAUGGGCCACCCGCCUCAGCAUCCUCCGCCGCCACCUCCUCAGCAUCAGCAGCAACAGCCUCAGUAUGCUGGCUAUGACACCGGCUUCACACCGGUGCGACCCAGCUAUGAAGCACCAGCCUACGAACAGCAUUAUCAGCAAGCAGAAGGCUAUGGUAGCUUGAGGAACUCCCAACCGUUGGGAAAUGCCAAAGAACAGAGACAGCGACGUCGAGAGAGCGGUAUGCUUCUCAUGACCAUGGGUCAACCGCGCAAGGGCUCAAAUGGAUCCAUCCCACCUCGGCCGCCGCAGGGUGAAUACCGCGCGAAUCCCUUGUUGAUUCGCGAGGAAACGGCAUUUGACUAG